UUCAGGAGACAUGCCUGAGCGUGAAUUCCCUCUGCCAAAUAGUCAGAUUUUCCUGUCUGUACAGGUGUUUUCUGUUUUUGAGAAAACAGUGACUGUACAGAAAGUGUUAUCAAAUGCCUAAAGUAAACAAACUGAAGAAAUAGUAAAACAUUUUGAUCUCAGAUCUGUCAGUUAUGUUAUUUGUUCUAAGUAAAAAUAGUUUUUCAAAAUCCAGACAAAUGUGGUGAAGUUGAUUGUGUCCCUUUAAAGUGGUCAAGGUGACUUAUUUAGUAGACCCUCUGUCUGAACGUGGAGCUUAAAGUCCAAUGUCAUUGAUCAUGCAGCCCCUUAAACUAGGUCUCAAAUUUUCCCUCGAUCAGUAAAUAUUCACUCUGGGCCUAAUCCAAAAAUGUAUUAACCACACCAUUUCCACUGACUCCAGGGGGAAUUGUGCCUUUGAGGAUCUGACCCUUUAUCAUACUGUGAGUUAUAAGAAGUGCAGGUUAAUUUCCCACAGAAAUAUUAACAAUGCGUAAAAGAGACUAAAUGGCUUUAAUGUCACUUUCCACUGAUUUUAAAAUAUGUUUUCACUAGGUUCAUUCCAGCCAACGAAUGAAAUGAUGCUCAAGUUCUAUAGCUUUUAUAAGCAAGCAACCCAAGGACCCUGUAACAGUCCAAGACCUGGAUUCUGGGAUCCUAUUGGGAUGCUUGGAGUGCUUUGGGGGAUAUGCCCAAAGAAGAAGCCAUGAUAGCGUAUGUUGAAGAAAUGAAAAAGAUUCUUGAGAGUAUGCCAAUGACGGAGAAAGUUGAAGAAUUACUACAAGUGAUAGGCCCAUUCUAUGAAAUAGUAGAGGAUAAAAAGAACAGAGGAUCUGGCCUAACAUCAGACCUUGGUAAUGUUAUGACUUCCACACCAAAUUCAAAGGCUGUGAAUGGUAAAGCUGAGAGCAGUGACAGUGGAGCAGAAUCGGAAGAGGAAGAGGGUCAUGAAGAAGAAGAGGAAAAAGAAAUACAACAAAGUGAAAAAGACUAUAAGAAUGUAAAGCAGGAAUCAGCAGCAACUAAGGAUUUGGAAAGUAUUGUCACUAAUGGCUGUUAUAAGGACAACUUUAUUCCAGAAAUGCAGAAUGGCAUCCAGACUAAAUCUGUCCUGAAUGGCUUAAAUGUGGAGGAAGAAAUAAAGAAAGUGGAGCAAAGCCUAGAACUAACGGGAAAAACUAAUAACAGUAGUCACCAAGGUGCAAAUGAAGACAGUGUUGAAGAGGUCUCAGGAAUUCAGCACUUGACAAGUGAUUCAGACAGUGAAGUUUUUUGUGAUUCUAUGGAACAAUUUGGACAAGAAGAGCCCUUGGAAAUGAUUACAUCAGCCAAAGGACCUUUACAGCAUUCAUCCCAUUUCUUGGAAGUAGAUCACAGUCAUCUAUUGGAAAAUGCUGGUUUUCCUGAGCAUGCUCACCUGCCCUCUGAGAAUUUUAGAGUUGAGGAUAUAACAGAGGCAGCAGUUGAAGGAAAAGGUGAAGUCAAGUGUGGGGGAGAAGAUGGCAAAGGCAGCGAUGGAGGCCCUCACAAAGAGAAGAAAGGCGGAGAAAAGGUGGAUUUCCAUGGAGUCAGAAGAGGGAGAGGGCAUAGGAUGCAGCCUCUGGGUGAUGGUGCUCAAGGUGGACAGAUGGGCAGUGGAGGGGAUGGAGAACGCUGGGGGUCAGACAGAGCACCAAGAGGCAGCCUUAAUGAACAAAUUGCAGUAGUGCUCAUGAGGUUACAAGAAGACAUGCAGAACGUCCUUCAGAGACUGCAUACACUGGAGGCACUGACAGCCUCCCAGGCAAGAUCUGUGACGCUACAGUCAAAUUUACAACCUGCCUCAUCUGCUAAGAGACCGUCAUGGUGGCCCUUUGAUAUUUCUCCUGGCACUUUAGCCUUUGCUGUUGUAUGGCCCUUCGUUGCCCAGUGGUUGGUGCAUGUAUACUUUCAAAGAAGGCGAAGAAAACUGAACUGAGAACUUAAUUUUUGAUUUCGCUUAAAGACUACUAGGACUGGGACAGCCUGGAGAGAGAAGGAAUUCAGAAUUCACAUGAGAACCUCAGGAUCUGUGAUGGCUAAAUCUUCCUUCGGUUGUAGUAAUUUUUUGCACUACAGGGGAGCUAACUACUUAAGGACUAACAUUACUGAUACUUGAAUGAUCCACUGCUCCUAGAUUACAAGUAAAAUAAAUAAUUAUCCCACCCUUAAACCAUAUGAACAUUAAAUUAUUAAUCUUUUGAAAUGGAUUUCUGGCUGGGCAUUCUGUAGAGAUGACUGAUUUUUUUUUUAUGGCAAUUAAUAAUGAGGGGGAUGUUAGCUUUGUAAAAAGAAAAAACCCCUGUAUAUAUGGAAUAGAAAAUUGUAAAACUGUCACUUUAACAUUAGGAUGAUUUUGCAAUUGCAGUAACUCAGAUUUCUUUCACGUUACAUACUGUGCGAUAGAAGCAGUGACUGGGAAGACAGUACAAGUCCUGUGCGUACAUUAUAAGGCGGCUAAAAGGCUGCAUGUAAUGUUGUAGCUCUGAAGGGUUCAACUGGUCUGUUUUGCUGCUAGACAGAUGUGGGGUACAUUUCUUUGUACAUCAGCCAUAGGUGGAAUCAAAUAUUUGAAUAAUCCUGCCAUUCAUUGCACUAUAUGUACCCACUCCCAAAACCACUGUAGCAUCUUGCAUGUUAGAGACAUGGUAGUAACAUGGGGAUUAUUGAUUAUAACGUUGAGAGCAGUGUAUGGUGUAAAGGAACCAUAGAGAAGCUGCGCUGAAUAAUACUUUUCAUUCAUAUAUCUUUCUUUACUGCUAACCGGUUUCAUUUUAACCGAGAUAUGAAGUUUAUGCACAUAGUGCUUUAAAAUACAAGAUGAAAACUAGCUACACCCAAUAUUUGUAAGAUUUUACAAAGUUUAGUCCCAUGUAAGCUAUUAUUUUAUGUAGUAGUUAAUUUAAAGGAUAGAUGAAUUAAUCUAGCCCCAACAUCUUUGUGGCCUUUUCCCACCCCAAAACCUACUGGUGAGAAAACAUGUUUCCAUAUUUUCCUUGUAUCCUUCCACUGCAUUCAAAUAUUUUC